AUGUGUAGGCUUCAAGCGAAAAAACUCCAAAGCUUUAACAAAGAGUUGCAAAUUGUGAAAUGCAGAUAUUACGAUGCUAUGUGCGAGGAAAAAUUGCAACUAGUUGUUGGUAUGUCAAAGGAACAAAUGCAUUUGGAAUUACGAGAUAAAAACAAUGAAUUUAUUGCAAUGUUGAACGAUGAUUGUGCUAUACUUGAAAAUAUGGGAAUUUGUGAUGGUAUGGUAAUUCAUGCAGUCAGUACGUUUGGAGAAUCAAAUUUAUUAAACGAUUCUUCAAUGGUUGAAAAAUAUGAAUUGCCUGACGCAGAUUACGAAAAAAGAAGUGAUAGCGUACGUGCGUGGAUGCGACAGAAGGGUUUCAACAAAUCCCAUUCAUCAAAAGAAAUCGAUAAUGCUGAGUCGGUUAAACAUUUCAAGAUUGGUGAUCGAUGUAAAGUUAUUUUACUAUCACAACAAAAAAAGUUAGGAGAAAUUUCUUACAUCGGCUUAACUGAUUUCAAACCAGGAUAUUGGAUCGGUGUUACUUACGAUGAACCUGUGGGAAAACAUGAUGGAUGUGUCGCUGGCAAACGUUAUUUCUCGUGUGCCGAUAAACACGGUGUAUUCGUUCGACCACGCGAUAUUCAAGUUAUUUCGUCGGAAAGUGAGGAGGAGAGUGGAGAUGAAGCAAUGGAAAUCUAA